AUGAGGAGGGACGCCUUCUCCAGGGCCGCGGAGGACAACCCCGGCUCCGCCACGCGCGGCCGGACGCCCGACGGCGGGGGAAGCCACCGCCGGUCGAGGAGCCUGAGCCGGUUCCCGCCGCCCUCGCCGUCCCCGGAGGACGCGCCCACGCCCUCCUCCAGGUUCGUCACCAAGGUCCGCGGCGCGGGGUUCCCGGAGAUCAGCCUCGACGACCUCGCCGACGAGUUCUUCCGCGCCCGGGUCGAGUCCGAGGACGACGACGACGACGCCCCGCCGCGCGGGCGGGGCAGGUUCCCGGCGCCUUCGCCCGCGGAGGAGAAGAAGGGGGCCCGCCGGAGCUCCACCGCGCGCUACGCCAGGGAGACGGAGUCCUCCAGGCAGCGCGAGCGCUCGGUCUCUCGCCCCCCGCCCGACCGCCGAGCCGCGGCUGAAAAUGGCGGCGCUGCCGCCAGGAGGCAGAGGUACCCUUCGGUGGAUCGGCGUGCUCCGGUCGGCAGGCAGCGGUACGCCUCCGUGGACCGGCAGCGCUGGGGCGAUUCGGAUAAUGAUAUGGAUUUUUCUCACCGGUCUGGUUCUAGGGGGACAAAUGCCAAAUCGAGCACUGGCCAUGCCGUACAGAACUCAUUCAAUAAGUCCAAAGUAAAUCAAACUCUGAGGAGGUCUACAAGUCAAAAUGAUUUCGUACAUUUACGAGAUAGCGGCUCAAGCCAUUCUUCACUAACUGACGAUGAAUCAAGGGAUGCUCACUCAUUUCAUAGCAGUGCUCACAGUGGAGCUCAGUCUGUUUAUGCCCAGGAGAAGUCAAUUGCAAAUGAUGGUUCAAAUGUGCUGUAUGAUGUGAUGCGUAAAGAAGUGAGGCAAGCCGUUGAAGAAAUCAGAACUCAGUUUGAAAAGGCUGUGAUAAAAUCCGAACCUUUAGAAAAGGUAAGAAGUGAUGAUGUCCAACCAACCCAGGUUAUUGGUGAGCUCCGUAGGAACUACACUAGCAAAUUGGAAGAGUCAGAGAAGAGGAAGCAGGAAUUACUUGCUCAGUUAGCGGCAGAAGAACAACGUGGUCAUGAACUCACAAAAAUAGUUAAAGAAUUACUGCCUACUACUAAGAAGAACGUUAAACCGGAGAGGCAGCCACCACGUAGAAGAAGGAGCAAUGAUAAAGCAAGGGUGUCGAAAUGCCUUACUGAAGAGGCUGAGCUGUACUUUGAAGAUUUCCUGUCAAAUGUUGAAGAUACCGAUUUUUCAUCGUUUGAUGGUGAAAGAAGUGACACAAGUUCAAGUAGACGAGAUAUGAUACAUCAUGCUAUGCCGGAAACUCGUGUAGUCCUUCCCAAAGUUGCACCACCUGUUGUCGCAGAUGGUGUUGUCCUUCCCUGGUUGCAGUGGGAAACUAGCAACGAUCUACAUGCCUCCCCAAGCACAACCAAGACACAGGACGCAAGCACUGCAUACAGCACAAGUAAUCACAGCACUAGCAGCCGUGGGAGCUGGAGCCCUGGAGACCAUGGCAGCUCAGCUGGCUCCAAAGAUGGAUUGCUCUCCAGGUUCGACCAGGCCGCGACUCGCCAAAGUAGCUGCCCUGGUAACAGCUGGAGCACGUCGUUCCAUAUGGAUGACUAUCUGCAUCUGCGGAGGAGCGAGGAUUUCCUCUUUGAGCGAUUGAGGCAGAAGCAAAGAAUAGACGACGGCGGCCUAACCUUAUGCAGGAGAUCAACAAUAAUGUAGAUGUGAUAUGAUUCUUCUGCUGGGUGUGGUGGAACAUAUGCAGUGUGCACAAUCGAUUAGGUGAUUGGGCUAAGGUAGGCUAAUAAGUGUGUAGAUUUAGGACCUGUUUCCUUUGGAGCUAACUUUGCCAUAGUGUGCCAUAAUUUUUUUUUGUGUGCCGAAGUUUAGGCGCACAAUUUCCUAGCCACACUUUGGCCUCGUAAGAGAAUCUUGCCACCGUUAUUUAGGGUGCGUUCGAUUUGGGGAUGGGGUGGAAUGAAAUGGAACCACUAGCACGGAACCGUUCCAUCCAUGUGUUCGGUUUGGACAAAUUUUUUGUCACGGAAAGGUUCCAUCCUUGUGUUUGGUUUUGGAAUGG